UAAUCUGUGUCUGUCAUUUGUGGGGGAAAUUAAGUGAGGUUAUGUUUAGGUUUGUUUACUAACAGUGACCCUAAAAAAUAAUUAUGAAAGAAUCGAAGGUGCAAGGCCAAACUCCGAUAGAGGAUUUGAAAGAGCUACGUAACUAUUUCGCUACACAUAAUGUUACCAGGGAGUAUAUAGCGCAUACUUCAAAAGUACAUUCCGUUGGUUGGUCUUGUGAUGGAAGGCGAUUAGCUUCAGGCUCUUUUGAUAAAACAGUUGUUAUUUUUAAUUUGGAACGAAGUAGACUAGUACAAGACUUUGUGUUCCGUGGCCAUACAGGCUCAGUGGACCAACUGUGCUGGCACGCCUCACAUCCUGAUCUACUCAGUACAGCUAGUGGAGACAAAUCUGUUAGAAUAUGGGAUGCUCGAUCCCACAAAUGUGCAGCGGCAAUAUCUACGAAAGGGGAAAAUAUAAACAUAGCGUGGUCUCCAAACGGGUCGACAAUAGCCGUAGGAAAUAAAGAGGAUUUAGUGUCGUUUAUUGAUGCUCGCACAUAUAAAGUUGUAACAGAAGAGCAAUUUAAUUUCGAAGUCAACGAAAUAUCAUGGAACAUAACAUCGGAUCUCUUCUUCUUAACAAAUGGACUGGGAUGUGUUCAUAUAUUGACCUACCCGUCGCUGGAGCAGCAGACGGUGCUGAAGGCGCACCCGGGCACGUGCAUAUGCAUAGAGCACGCGCCCGGCGGCCGCUACUUCGCCACCGGCUCGGCCGACGCGCUCGUCUCGCUGUGGGACACCAGCGAGCUCGCCUGCUUGCGCGUCUUCUCUAGGUUAGAGUGGCCGGUGCGAACUCUAUCGUUCAGUUUCGACGGAAGGCUGCUCGCUUCAGCGAGUGAGGAUCAUAUCAUUGACAUUGGUGAUACCGAGACUGGAGAAAAAGUGGCAGAAAUCCCCGUGCAAGCGGCAACAUUCACAGUUGCAUGGCAUCCCUCAAGAUAUCUAAUAGCUUACGCGUGUGAAGACAAAGAACCUCCAGAGAGAAAGAGAGACACUGGCAACCUUAAAUUGUGGGGUCUAAGCAACAACUAGUAACAAUAAAAUGAUUAAAUAAUAAUUAGUUUGGACAAGUUUUUUAUUUGUGUAAACACUGGUAAUAAAUUUCAAAUAUCAGAAUUGUUUUUUUUUCAUAUUUGUUAUUCUAAAACUUUGAGUUGUUUUGAUGUAAAUUCUGUGUCUAAUCAAAACUUUUAAUGAGAAAAUUUUUAUGUAAAAUUAUACCGAACCUAAUGUAAUAUUAUAUAGUACCGAUAUUAAAUCUGGUCUUCAUGACCAAACUGCCAAUAACGAGAUUAAAUAUAACAUUUCGCA